UUUGUACAACGCACAGGGAAAUGUCAGCUGGCGAUUGCCGUAUUAUUUCUGACUUAUUUCUGAAAUUGUGAUAAAUAUUUCUACGGGAAAUACGGAAUAAAUAUUAACUUGCUAACACCAAGAACAUAACUCAUGUAGUCAUUAUGAGAUCGGUAUAUAAAAAGUGAAAUUAUGACAGAAGUGAAUCAAAGGUGGCAUGCGAUUUCUCUCUUACAUUUUUAUAGUUUGUGACGGAUAAAAUGCUAUUAUGCUUGACUUUUUACUCAUGAAUUACUCUUUAGUUUCUUUGGUUUUGAUAUAGAAGUGCUAAAGUGAUAACUCCACGGUUAAGUGUGUUUAUUAUCUAAAACCGAAACAAGUUUCAUUCAUCAAGAUUAUUUUUGCCCCAUAUUUUGUGAUCCCUGGAGAAAAGCUGAGUGGAAAGGAUUAGCAAUAUAAGUGUACAUGAUGAACGGCUCCGAAUCCGGGUUUAACCCGGCUUUUAAUAUUGCAACAAUAAAGCAAGUGGUCAAUGAGGCCAUUGAAAGAGUCGCGCCGGUUUCAGUGCGCAUGCCCACACCGACCCGGCUUCGGGACCUCAUCAGACAGAUCAGGGCUGCGCGUACGGCGGCCGAAGAACGAAGUGUCGUCAACAAGGAGUGUGCCUAUAUUAGGUCCACGUUCAGAGAAGAGGAUAGCGUUUGGAGAUGUCGCAACAUCGCGAAACUCCUCUACAUCCACAUGCUGGGUUACCCAGCGCACUUCGGCCAGCUGGAGUGCCUCAAACUCAUCGCCAGCUCGAGGUUCACGGACAAACGAGUGGGUUACCUCGGCGCCAUGCUGUUGCUGGAUGAGCGGCAAGAUGUCCAUCUCCUCAUCACCAACUGUCUCAAAAACGAUCUCAACAGCAACACCCAAUUCGUGGUCGGGCUCGCAUUAUGUACACUCGGUGCCAUCGCAUCUCCAGAAAUGGCGAGAGACUUGGCGUCGGAAGUCGAGCGGCUGAUCAAGAGUCCAAACGCGUAUAUUAAGAAGAAGGCGGCGCUGUGUGCGUUCCGCAUCAUAAGAAGAGUUCCUGAUUUGAUGGAGAUGUUCCUGCCGGCUACGAGGAGUUUGCUAACGGAGAAGAAUCAUGGUGUCCUUAUCACGGGCGUCACGCUGAUCACGGAGAUGUGCGAAAACAGUCCCGACACGCUCAACCACUUCAAAAAGAUCGUUCCGAACCUUGUACGGAUACUGAAGAAUUUGAUACUGGCCGGUUACUCGCCGGAGCAUGACGUUAGCGGCGUUUCGGAUCCCUUCCUUCAGGUUAAAAUCCUUCGCCUCCUCCGGAUACUAGGCAAGAACGACGCGGAAGCAUCAGAAGCCAUGAACGACAUUUUGGCACAGGUCGCCACUAACACAGAGACCAGCAAAAACGUGGGGAACACCAUCCUUUACGAGACUGUGCUGUCUAUCAUGGACAUCAAGUCUGAGAGCAGUCUGCGGGUCCUAGCGGUGAACAUCCUCGGCAGGUUCCUCCUGAACAACGACAAGAACAUCAGAUACGUCGCGCUGAACACGCUGUUGAGGACGGUGCAUGUCGACACGUCGGCUGUUCAGAGGCAUCGGACCACCAUCUUGGAAUGUUUGAAGGACCCCGACAUCUCCAUCCGCCGACGCGCCAUGGAGCUGUCCUUCGCGCUGGUGAACCAGCAGAACAUCCGCAGCAUGAUGAAGGAGCUGCUCGUGUUCCUCGAGCGCUCGGAGCCCGAGUUCAAGGCGCACUGCUCCAGCGCCAUGCUGCUGGCCGCCGAGAGAUACGCGCCCACCAACAAGUGGCACCUGGACACGCUGUUUAAGGUCUUCCUCAAGGCGGGCAACUACCUCCGAGACGACACCGUAUCCAGCACCAUCCAGAUCAUCUCUUCAGCGCCGACCGAACGGCAGGCUUACGCAGCAAUGAGACUCUGGAGCUCCCUAGAACGCUCCGCUAUUAGUGGGGACGCCUCUGACAAACAGCCGCUAGUUCAGGUGGCAACAUGGACGGUAGGAGAGUACGGCGAUCUGUUGGUGUCGGAAGCCAGCAAUGCUAUUUCAAUGGUGGACGACGACGGUGUAGACGACUUCGAGCGACCUCGCGAGGAGUACGUGAUCGACAUCUACCAGAAGCUGCUGUGGUCGACCCAGUUAUCCAUCACCACUAAGGAGUUCCUGCUGCUGUCGUUAGCCAAGCUGUCGACCAGGUUCACCAGCCAGCCUAGUCAGGAUAAAAUCCGAGUGAUCAUCGAUACGUUCGGGUCUCAUAUUCACAUCGAGUUGCAGCAGAGAGGAGUGGAACUAUCUCAACUAUACAGACAAUACGCGCACCUGCGGCCGGCGCUCCUCGAGCGCAUGCCGCCCAUGGACGCGCCCGCGCGCGCCGGCCACGACGCGGAGCCCGAGCCCGAGCCGCAAGCAGACACACACGCGCCCGGGAACCACCAGGAUGCCCUACUGGACCUAAUCAUCGGCUCGGAGCCACUCACGAACGGCGACGCCGAGCACCGCGCCGAUGUCGCGCCCAACAACAACAAUAACAACACCAACACUAAUGAUAUCCUGGACCUUCUGAGCGGGUUAGAGCUGACCAGUACACCAGCACCUGCGCCGACGCCCGCACUCAAUAACAACUCCAACAAUGCGGCCAAUAACGCCAGUUUACUGCUCGACGGGCUAUUCGCCGCGCCACAGCCUGUCGUCUCACAGCCUAUGCUAACAGUCCCCGCCCUGGACAAGGCCGGGCUCGUGGUCGUGCUGGAGGUGGAGCGCGGCGCGCCGCACUGCGUCACGCUCACCAUGCGCGCGCGCAGCUCCCGCCAGGAGCCGCUCACUGACUUCCUGUUCCAGGCCGCCGUGCCCAGGACGUUACAGCUUGACAUGAUGUCGCCAUCGGGAACAGUGCUGCCCCCGCAAGGAGAAAUUACCCAAGUCCUCAAAAUCAACAAUCCGUCUCGGACGCCGCUCCGGCUCAGGAUACGCGUGUCGUACGUGAGCUCCGGCGGGCCCGUGCUGGAGCAGGCGGAGGUGAACGCGUUCCCGGCCGAGCUGUUCAACUGACGCGCGCGCAGCCCGCCCGGCGCCGGCCUGUAGCCCCGCUACCACCGCCGCCGGCUCCGGGACACGCGGGACGACCGACCGCCUCACCUUACUCUGCCCGUAUUCCGACAUGGACUUCGCCAUUCAUUCUAUGGUGUACCUGGCUCCCAUUUCACGAAGCUCCGAGUUACAAUUUACGAGUGGUCGUCGCUAUCUAAUAAUAUGACAAGUCGGAGAGAGACUUCCGCUUGUAACUUUCAGUUUUGAGAAAUGGGCCCCCGAUCUUAGAAGAUCAGACUAUCGCGAACGCGACGACUCGAUCUGUACACGCGUGCCUCGCUUGACGCGUGUGAAGUUUGCUAUGCCUAUAGCCGGCACGAUUUUAUAGAUUGAUUUGUUUCGUACGGCGAUUGAGGGCCGCUCGCGCGAAGCGACACGGUCGCACCGAACCGUUUGUCACCGUUAAAGCGUACACAAAAUUUUAUUUUUGAGAAGUUUCAUAUACCUCUGCUGUGCGACAUUAAUCUGUCUGACAAGUGAGGGCCGGUCGCGUCGAGAUUGCCGUUUACUACGCGAUGACAUUUCCUCGCGACGAAAGAUAACUUUCUGCGAACGCUUGAAUUCACCGUGACAGACGGUCUGAUACGACGGACCCUUAAUCGUGAAAUAGCUCGUUUUGUGUGAACUCAAUUUCAAUACAGAUGAAUCAGGAUUCAGGAAUAAAUGGAAGCGAUAUGAUACUGUGAAUGCCAUUAUUUGUAACGCAAUAACACGACUCGAUAUGAGAUGGCGAUGAUAAAAUCGAGGAGUGGGGAGGGGAUCGAAUGUAAACUAGGCUCAAAUAAUAAGGGCAAACGACUUUACGCGAACACAAAAAUAUGACAAUGAAAUUAUAUAAUGAUCGUUACAAAUUCCAAAUUUAGUAUUUAUUGUCUAUCUUGUUUAAAGUCCCCUAAAA